AUCUAGAUUCCCACCGCCUCCUCCGUCGCGAAGCCCCAACUCGUAUGCUCGAGCUCGGCGAGCGGGAUGAGUUCCUCACCGAUGGCUUCGCUACUUUAUUGCACAGUGAAGGAUCUCGCAGCGAUGUCACCAAUGGCCACGAUCAUGUGGACGAUGCCGUUCGUUCAGAGGCGUUGAGCUCUCAUCCGUUGCGAAGGGCUUCCGUAUCAUACACUGCGAAAGAUGUCUUUGAAGUAAGAACCACACUAUCGGAGGACAUCCCUGCUGCUGUUGAGGCUUCGGCAGAUACUCCGGACGACCUUGAUACCCCCAGCCAUCAUGAUAGCGAUGACAUUCUACACACAGUUUCCCCCAGUGACUCGAUUGCCGCAGUCGCUCUACGGUAUGGUGUGUCGCUUGCCGUUCUCAGGCAUGCAAAUCAACUAUGGCCAUCAGACCCAAUCCACCUCCGUACCCAACUCAUCAUACCUCGGCAUCGUGCGCGUCCUGCCAAACGAAGGGCCAUUUCGCAACCUACAUCGUUAUCUAGCACUCAGGAGACUGAAGUUGUCUCGUCUUCGCCAUUCACAUCUACUGCGUCACUCUCUUCAACACUUCUUGCCGCAAGAGAUACUGUUUUCUCUGCUUUCCCAGCGCGUAUAUCCAUAGACUCCCUCAGCUCUCGCAUCAGCACAACGGAUGAGGAACUUGAACUGGAAAAUUUUCUCAAGCCUCCUCUGCAAUCUCGCACCUCAGAGAUGGAUCAUCUGGACACUUCUGCCACGCUUGGUGUCGAGCUUAACCCCAUGUCACAUUCCCGACGCAGCUAUAUUCCAGCGCAUGAUAUAACCUCGCUACUUGACCAUGGCACCCCUCCAAUAUCAUGUCAACAACUUCGCAAUCUCACAUCGGACACCACUAUCAGACCAUUUUCAUCUGACCGCGUUCAAACGUCCAAGCACAGUUCCCCCGGUCCUGUGUUUGUUCCCGUGCGCAUAUCCCAGUUAGAGCCGGAACCUGCAAUGGAACUACCAGCGCUUAAAAAACGCAGGUGAGGGGGCGUGCAACCCUUGUCAUCCGAGUCCACGUUUUAGGAUUAGGUCGCGGUAAUCUCGGUAUCCAUUAUUUUGGCUCAAACUUUCAGUCCAAGACUGGCGCUUGUGAUAGACAGGCGCUGUGUCUACUUGUGGGUAUUGGGACUGCCCAUGGUUCACUAGUGGCGCGGACUUUAUCCUAUUGGCCGUAGCACGAUAUCUCUCCGCGAGCACAGACUUCCCCAUUUUCAGUUUCUUUGCACUUGCUACAUUUUGCAUGUCUCGUAAACUUCAGUUCCCUUCUGUUAUCGUGUUCUCAGUGUUCCGCGAGCACUUUCUCCCAGGACCCUCCAGUUAUUACCCGAACUGUGGACAUUUGUAUGUAGCCGUCGGCGUUUGCAAUGCAUCGCUUGAUUGUUCACCACAUAGAGUAUAGACUAAAAUUUGCGUGUUGCUGAUC